UUCCUCCCUUCCCAUAUUUAACCUCGCUCCUCCCUUCGAUUGGACAGAAACUUGUUUAUUUUGUUGCGGGGAGCACGCAGACAUUUGACAGUCCUUGCGAACCGUCAGGAACAUUUACAGGUUUCUUGGCUGCUGCAGAGAGUCCCUUUGCUCACGUGCUGGUCCAAUUAUCGCCAUGGAAAUGGAGGUAGAUUGUCAGGAUUCGAGCCCCAGGGUUUUGGUCGAGUCGGCUCCGGGGAGCCCAGAUAAAUCUUCUAAAGAGCGUAUGCUGGACAUUUUGGACAAGAUUGAACUGCGGGUCGAGCGUCUUCGACAAGAAGCCUGUCGCCUGGAGGAAGAGAAGGAUAAGGUUCUGACUACUCUUGUUGCCCUACGCAAUUCUGACAUGCUUCAAAAUCUAGGUGCUGGAGAGCGUGAAGAUGUCCUCCGUUACGCUGAUCGAGUUACUUCUAGAUGCCUGACUGUUGAGGUGCCCAUGAAAAUUGAAAGGGAUGAAGCUCAGGAGGAGUCUCUACAUGUGGUAAACAGCAUGAUAGAUGCAUUGGUGGUACAGCUUCGAGCAGACCCUGGUGGUUCUCGACAACAGUGCCUCACAUAUUUGAAUGCUUGUUCUUCCUCUGUGGAGCAGGAUGUUACUGAUAAAACCUUUGAAGCUACUGUACUGGCAUGUUCUGUUGAUGAUCAGAAACAUAUUCAAAAACGGUUGCAAGGUCUACUGAACUACAUAGACAAGAAUACCUAAAAUUGAUAGAUUUUCUUAAUCCAUUGCAUUUGGAAUAUCAUGAUCAGCUAUCUCCUUCUUUGUGAGUGCUGGACAUGUAACUGCUUUUCAAUUGCAUUUGAAAUGCUGAAAAUUCAGCUGAGCUGUUUUCUUCCAUUGUUUUAGUUCUCUAAGCUCACAAAAAGUGCUUUGCUUUUAUUUUCCAAUUUCUUAAAUAUUGUGAGAAUUAAUUUACACCAGCCUUGUUCUCAUAUUUUGUAGGGUUGUGUUAAAAGGGCUAAUCAUUGUAUUGCUAAAGAAAUAAUUCCAUUACUACAUAUCUAACUUAUUAAUAAUUUUGAGUGAUAAAUAUCAAUGACUCGUGUGAUCUUUAGCCACUAUGUUAAGAUAGUUCACCCUCUUAAUUUUCAUUGUUUGAGUGUUCUGUUUCUUUAAUUUUUUGUUAAGUUAAGUAAAACUAGGUCAAUACCCAAAUCAUUUGGUAAUGUUAGUGUUGGUAUUGGUGUUGAAUGGUAUUGCAGACCAGUUUAAAAUUUCAAUGGGUCCAAAACUCUCUUUGAAGGCAAAAAGAGAUCUUGUUUUCUCUCUUGCUCUAUGAAUAAAAAAAACCUGUAAGCUUUCAACUAAAGCACUUAUUUUGUUCUGUUUCAGGAAGCACAGACUGAUAAAUAUGGUAUUUAUAAUUGGUCAGCAAAUGGAAAUAAGAAUUUGUUUGCUCUCUGAUUGUGAAGGGAUUAAAUUUAACUCCUCUUACUAGCGAUUUAUAUUCUCUAAUAUAACUGGGAGAUUUUCUCAAUAACUGUGUUAAUAUGUGAUUUAUCUAGGUAUCUUUCUCUUUCAUUGUGAGUGUAAUUUUGAAGAUUUUUGUUCUGUGAUACCUGUGGAAGUUAGUUAAAAUGACCAUGAAGAAUUGGCCGUGGCCGUCAAGUAGGAGGGUGUUGGUUCUAGAGCAACUCAAUUUUUGUGUUCAUGUAGAAGUAGUAUAGUUUGGUGGUCCUAGUCUUUUUAUACACAGCUCAGGAAUAAGUUCCUUCUCUGAUUAAGUUGUGUUUAAUAGCGUUUGCAAUAUGUUCCGUUCGCCCACUUAUUUAUCUAGAUGAUGCAUUUCACAAGAGGCUGUAUGUAUUACAUAUCUAUUUCAUCUACCUCUCUCGUUUAUUAUGCUGACCAUCGACCAUGAUGCUGUUCUGUUUUUGAACAUGGUUGAAUUCAAUUUGUAUGGCCUUUGUUUCUAUAAGAUUAGGACUCAAUGUUGCCCUUCUUAACUGAAUUUGCAUUAAUCUUAACUUUUCUCUUUUAUGUUCAUAUUUAAUUCAUAAAAAUAAAAAUAUGAAACUUUAUUGAA